AUGGAUUUUCCUCUUUAUUACAAGAAUACCUCAAUUCUGAUGACAGGCAUCUUCUUCACUGUGAAGUAUCUUUUCGGGUUUAACCAUAGUUGCUAUCGGCAUCCUAUUCAAGCUGGAGGAGAAUCCGCGGUGAUGGAAAUUGCCUGUAUUCCGCCUUUAUCUUUGGGUUUCUGGAAAGAGCAAAUCGUUGAUCAUCACUCGAACUUUAUCAGGACCUCCAUAUUGGGCCCUGCCGACUUUGACCUAAAUAUCACAGACGAGUUUCUCGAGUGUUUCAUCGAGUUGUUGCAGUCCAUUUUUUCCAGCGCUAACAACAAUCAUAAAGAUACAGCGAUAGCCAUUUUGACUUCCACCCUCAACGAUGACAUUAUGGGGUCCAAGUCGAUCAUUGCCUAUUUGCGUCUGGUUGCUUCCGGAUGGAUCAAGCUGAAUUCGGAUUCUGUACUACCCCAUGAUGAAGAUAAUAUGGGCGAGCCACCAUUGCAUGCUGGCCAAUUGAUCGACUCCUAUUGCUCGCGUGUGGUCGAGCCUAUGGACCAAGCCUCUGACGAUAUUUCGAUUUUGGCUCUUGUUAAGACAUUUUCAAUAAUGCCGUGGUUUUCCCUUUCUGUAAAAAUAAUCUCAACCGAUACAAAGGAGGACUAUCUUCCAGAAUUUACUUAUUCAACCGAUACUGUGCACAAUGGAGUUAACUUUCACAUGCUAUUUCGACCUGGACAUUAUGAUCUCGUUUAUCAAUAA